GAGAGAGAUAGAGGAGAGGAAACAGCUAGCGAGAAGGGGAGGGGGGAGAGAGAGGAGGAAGGGGCGGGCGGCCAUGGGGCACCACUGCUGCAGCAAGCAGAAGGUGAAGCGCGGGCUGUGGUCGCCGGAGGAGGACGAGAAGCUGGUUAAUUACAUCACCGCCAACGGCCACAGCUGCUGGAGCGCCGUCCCCAAGCACGCGGGGCUCCAGCGGUGCGGCAAGAGCUGCCGGCUCCGGUGGAUCAACUACCUCCGGCCGGACCUCAAGCGCGGAACCUUCUCCGAGCAGGAGGAGCGCACCAUCAUCGACGUCCACCGCAUCCUCGGCAACCGUUGGGCGCAGAUCGCCAAGCACCUGCCCGGGCGCACGGACAACGAGGUCAAGAACUUCUGGAACUCGUGCAUCAGGAAGAAGCUCAUCGCGCAGGGCCUCGACCCCAAGACCCACAACCUCCUGCCGGCCUCCAGGACUCUCCUCCACCGCAACGGCGCAAACCCUAGCAACCCUGCCCAGUUCCACUCCAAUGGCGCCAUCGCCAACGGCGGCGCGGUCGCGGCCACCACGCCGUUCACCAUCAGCUCCCCGACCAAGGCCGCCUACGACGUCAUCACGGUCGCGCCGCCGCCGGAGAUGGCGCCAGCAUUGUACGACGUCCCGAAUCCCGGCAUGCUGAUGCGGCAUGACCAUUCCGCCGCCGCAGUGCCUGCGAUUCCGGGCUACCCGUAUCCGGACAACGGCCAUGGCGUGCUGAUGAACUUCAGGGAUCAAAAUGCAUGUGUCCAGGCCGCCAUGGACUUCAUGAACGGCUCGUCGCCCUCCUCCUCCAUGGAUCACGCCGCCGGCAUGCCUAACGGCAACGGCUUCAGCCAAGGCAUGGAAGCGGUGUUCAUGGACGAGACGACGGCAAUGUGGGCCACCGCCGAGGAUCCGGGCAUGGGUGCAGGAAUAGAGGUAGCACAGCAGCAGCAGCAGCAGCAGCCUCUGCCGCAAGGGCUGGUGCAGGGGGAGAUGGUCGGCCGGCCAACAGUGAUGAACGGUGGUGGUGGUGCAGCCGACAAGGGCUUGGACAUGAUGGACGUAUCCUCGGUGUACGGCGGCUCCGGCACAACGGCGGCGUUCGAUCUGGAGCUGAUGGAGUCGUGCGGGCUGUUUUGCGGUGGCACCACCGGCAACGCCAUGGAGCAGCUGCAAUGGGACUGCUAAGCACAUUAUCAUCCUCACCCCUAAUUAUUAGUCUUUUUCCAUGCUUUAAUUCGAUGGCUUCUUUCCUUUUCGAUUUUCCAUCUCCUGCGUUCUUGAUUCAGAUCGUCCUUUCAAGCAAGAAAUGCAUGCUGAGCUGAGUGACGAACUCGAUCUAAUUCAGAUUUCAAUAAAGUUAUCUUAAAUUUCAUCCUUAAUUACAAUCAUUUGUUGAUAUGUUCUUCGUGUGAUCUCCCUCUUGAUUCAUCUAAAAUUU